AGUUAGUUCACUGGCUUUAGGUAAGCAGGGCUGUUUGUUUAACUAUUAGCUUUUCUGGAUUGGAGUUUAGCAGUUAUUGCUUUAGCAAUGGCAGUUAUUGUUUGAGUUCAGUAGCAUGUAGUAUCGUAAAGCGUAACUAAAGGAACCGUGUGAGGCCAGGUAUCAGAUGACUAUAAAGAGGAAAGUUAUGCUGAGGAAAUCCAGGAAAAGGCGUCCCAAACGAGACAGUGAUCGUGGACAGCUUCCUCUGGUGCCGCUGGUACAAGGACAGAAUGAGAUCAUGCAGAAGGAGUCCAGUCCUCUCUACGCUGCUGACAUCAUCACUGAGCUCAAGAGACAGUUUGCCUUCCUGUCUGGGGGAAGGGGACAGGAUGGAAGCCCUAUCAUAAUCUUUCCAGAGUUCCCUUCGUUUUGUGAAAUUGGAGACCAAGACUUUCGUAAUGUUCUUACUUACCUGACAAGUAUUCCCAGCCUGAGUGCAGCAGGUGUGGGCUUCAUCGUAGUGAUUGACAGGCGUAGAGAUCGAUGGAUGUGUUUGAAGGGAACGUUACUGCGUAUCUCUGGCUGGUUUCCUGCUAAUCUUGGGCUUGUUCUGGUGCUGAGACCCAGUGCUAUCCUGCAGAGAACGAUGUCUGAUGUGUUCUUCAAACUCCACAGAGAUGACUUUAAAGUACCGGUUAUCAUGCUAAACUCGGUGGCUGAUCUGCACUCUUAUAUUGAGCGGAGUCAGCUGACACAAGAACUGGGUGGCACUCAAUACUACUGCCACAAGACCUGGAUCUCCCAUCGCACAGAUCUUGAAAGCUUUGCCGCAUUAGUGAAGAGGAUGGCUGAGAGACUGCAAGUGUUUGGCAGGGAGCUGGCAGAAACCGAGCUCCCUAACAACCUCCAAACAGCCAGCAAUCUGCUCACUGCACAAACCAGCAGAAAAGACGGUUUCAAAGAAGAGAUGGCAGGAGCUCUAAGCCAAGGACGGAAACUCUUGGAGCACAUCAGGGAACCGGUCCGCAGAGAUCCGGACAGCAGUCUAAACCCUGAUCAACUGGAGAACCUUGCUACAGUGCACAGGCUGUUAUCCCAGUUGAAUGAGAGCUCGACAGCGUUUGAUGAGUUCUGGAUUCAGCAUCAUAAUAAACUGGAUCUAUGUUUUAAACUCUGCCAGUUUGAGCACAACUUUCAACAGUUGCAAACAGAGCUGGAGCAAGCAACAGCCACUAUGAAUGCUUUCUCAGACGUCGGAAUAAGCCCUGCCCAAACAGAACACUUCCUUCAAGAACUGACCAACCAUGAGAAUAAGGCCUGUGAAGUGCUGGACAGAGUGAGGUCUGUGAUUGCAGAGGGUCAAAGUUUGAUUGACAGCUCUCCAAAUGUUGAUGACAGUGUUGCAGUAAAAUGCAGUGAGCUACAAAGAGUGAGAGAGAAUCUCACCCAAAGGCUCAAAGACAAGAGGACCAUGCUCACACAGGCUAUGGAGCUAUAUAAAAGAUUGGAAAUGAUGUGUAAAUGGUGUGAUGAUGGGAUUUACAUGCUAGCAUCACAGCCUCUUGACAAGUGCCAGUCACAGGAGGGGGCGGAGUCGGCACUGUCAGAGCUGGAGUGUUACCUGGAGACAGCCAGUGAGAAACAGCAGUGGGAUAUCAGCACAGUUUGGCUGGAAUAUGAGAACAUACUGAACAAUGAGCUCAGGGAGAAGGUGAAGCGUGCAUUUGAGAAGAAAACAUCAUUAAAGGAGAUGUUUGAGAGGAGGAGGGUUAGUCUGAAGAAACUAGCAGCCAAACAAACACGCCCCAUCCAACCUGUGGCCCCGCGACCAGAGUCACUCUCAUCUCCUGCUCACAGGGAGCAUGAGAACAUCUGUAUUAGUGAAGAUUCAGACAGCAGGGUGUCCUGUAAACAAGUAAACUCUGAUCAAGUUGACAGGAGCAGUCGCAAUCCUUCUGUAUCUGAGGAGGAGGAAACCCUGGCUGUGCUGCGCAGGCAUGUAAUGAAUGAGCUACUGGAAACAGAGAGAGCGUAUGUGGAAGAGCUUAUGUGCGUUUUGCAGGGAUAUGCUGCUGAGAUGGACAACCCCUCCAUGACUCCUCUCCUCCCCGCAGCCCUGCAGAACAAGAAGGAUGUGUUAUUUGGGAACAUGCAGGAAAUUUAUAAUUUCCACAAAAGAAUUUUCCUCAAAGAGCUGGAAAGUUACACUGGCUGUCCUGAGCUCGUGGGCCGCUGCUUUCUGGACUGGAUGGGGGAGCUGCAGAUUUAUGAGAAAUACUGCCACAACAAGCCUCGUUCUGAGAGCCUCUGGAGGCAGUGCUCAGACUGCGCCUUUUUCCAGGAAUGUCAGAAGAAACUAGAGCACAAACUAGGACUGGACUCAUACUUACUGAAGCCUGUGCAGAGGAUCACUAAAUACCAACUCCUGCUGAAGGAGAUGAUUAAGUACAGUAAAGGCUGUGAGGGCUCAGAGGAGCUGCCGGCUGCUCUUUCCUCCAUACUGGGUAUCCUGAAGGCUGUAAAUGACUCAAUGCACCUAAUCGCCAUCACAGGAUAUGAGGGUAACCUUGGAGUCCUGGGCCGCCUGCUGAUGCAAGGGUCAUUCAGUGUGUGGGCGGAGCAUAAGAGAGGUCACGUGAAGGUCAUGGAGCUUGCCAGGUUUAAGCCCAUGCAAAGACACCUGUUCCUGCACGAGAAAGCUCUGCUCUUCUGCAAGAGGCGAGAGGAGAGUGGAGAGGGAUACGAGAAAGCGCCCUCAUAUAGCUUCAAGCAGGAGCUCAGCAUGGCUGCGAUUGGAAUAACAGAGAAUGCUAAAGGGGACAGCAGGAAGUUUGAGAUCUGGUCCAGAUCAAGGGAUGAGGUCUACACAGUACAGGCCGUGUCUGAGGAGGCUAAGACCAUCUGGGUAACAGAAAUCCAGAAACUUCUAACAGGACAGCUGGAGGCCUGUAAAGAAGUAAGUCAACAGAGGGCACCUGAGCAGUUUUCCUCAGAUAUCAGCUCAACUAACAGACUGGUGAGAAAUGAAUCAAGUAACUUCAGGAGUGGAGGAGUGGAUAAACUGAGCACAGAAGAAGAAAGAUGCAAAGAACUUGAGAACAUUCUAGAGCCCAGAACCACUGGGAGAGCAAAAGGGUCUUCGUUCAGUUUUGAGACGAAACCAAAACGACAAGAUAUUCGGAGUGACCCUACACCUCUAGAAACAGGGCCACAGCCUAACUUGGGUGGAGGCAGGUGGUUGAGUACAUCAAGUCUGUUUCAGAAUCGUAGGAGAGGUUGGACUAAAGGGUCUCUCUCACUGGAUGCCUCUGUGGAGCAUGAUGGAUACUUUAGUGCAGAAGAGCAGGUGACCUCUGACCCAGAAGAAGAGAAGGAAAAUAAAAUGUGUGCAGAUGAGCUGCAAUCUGUGAGGAUAGAGGAAGAGAUCCAGUGUUCUGAAGAGACGGAGGAUCCUGAGAAAUGAGAGUUGAGUGUGGAUGUGUGCACAAUGCCAUCAGUGUACAGCACAUACAGUAGAUUUAAUGCAUAACUCUUUAAAGAGGGGGAAAAACAUUUAACUUUGAAAUUUUGCAUACUCUUAAAAAUAAAGGUUCCUAGUAGAACCAAAGAGGUUUAGAAUACAUGAAGAAAGCUGUCCAUUCGCAUUCACUUUAAUCUCAAUGUCAGUGUGACCAAAAAAAAAAAAAAAAACUAGAGGGUUCUUUGCAAGAAGCUUUAUUUUUAAGAGUGAGGUCUUAGAAUGUCCCAAAAUAAUGCAUUGCACAGAGACACCAGAGCCAGCUCUUUACACACGGUCUCAUCAUAGUAUGCUGAGAUACAUGUUUCAUAUCCCUUAACACAUUGUUAUUUCUGUCCCAGUAUUAUGUCCAUAUUGAGAUAUGGCAUGUCUGUUGUCAAGUCCUGUGAUUUCCAAUGUGAACGCAUAUAAAAUACAAUUGUGUUCUGUAAAAUGCAGGAAACUAGUACCUAUGUGUAAAACAAGCAUAUUAUAUAUGCAGAUGUUGUUUCUCAAAGUGACUGUGAUCACCCUGUACCAUUUGUAUGUAAAAUAUGUUAACAAAUCAAUAUUGUUUUAUAUAUAAUACAUGCAUAUAAAAUAAAGCCAUAGUUGACUGAC